CUAUUUGCAUGACUAUUGGAAGGCAAAAUAAACGGUUUCAACUACUCGAUUAAUUCUCAAUCGAUUAGCGCUUCGAUUCUAUCAUUAUGAAGAUAGAGCUAAUUGAUCCGACAACAAUGUUGCCACAGACAACAAUGUCUUUGAUGUAGCCAAGAAAAUGGUAAAUUAGGGAUUGUUUAUAUGUUCAGUACUCUUUAAAUGAAGCUUAGUAUAAUACGAAAUAAGAAUGUUAUGAAUAUCAAAGUAUAAAUUUUUAAAAUAUAUGUUCCCUAGAAGCAUGGGAUUCAUGAGAAUUUAUAAAUGGCCUUCAAUAAAUAAGCAGUUUUUUGUAGCCCUGUUUUUGGGUAUUGCUUGUGGUUGGUUUAUAGCUUAUACAGGUGUUCCCCAUGAAAUUCUGGCACUGACUGAUCCUCAUACUAGUAAUGAUAUGGAAAAUAUGUAUGGACCUACGGUGGAUCCUGGAAACCAUGCAGAAAAUGAAGAGUUUCACAAUAUGGAAGAUCCCACAGUGGCUAAUAAACUGUACAAUAAUGUUAGAAUAUUAUGUUGGAUUAUGACUGGCCCCAAAAAUCAUGAGAAAAGAGCAAAACACGUUAAAAAUACUUGGGGGAGAAGAUGCAACAUUUUAUUAUUCAUGAGCUCAGCGGAAGAUUCAUCAUUACCUUCUAUAGCUCUCCCAGUUAAAGAAGGAAGGGACAAUCUUUGGUUAAAGACUAAAGAAGCUUUUAAAUAUGUUUAUAAACAUUACUAUGAUUCAGCAGACUGGUUUCUAAAGGCUGAUGAUGAUACGUAUGUGAUAUUAGAAAAUUUAAGGUAUAUGCUCUUACCUAACAAACCAAGUGAACCAGUAUAUUUUGGAUGUAGAUUUAAACCUUUUGUUAAGCAAGGUUAUAUGAGUGGAGGUGCAGGUUAUGUUUUGAGUAAAGAAGCACUUAGGAGAUUUAUUGAAAUCGGUUUAACAAAUUCGACUGGAUGUUCACCAGCUAAUGGCGGAUCUGAAGAUGUCGAAAUGGGAAAAUGUAUGGAAGCCGUUAAUGUGAAAGCAGGUGAUUCACGUGAUUCAUUAGGUAGAGGAAGAUUCUUUCCAUUUGUACCUGAACAUCACCUAAUUCCUGGACAUGUAUCAAAAAGUUUCUGGUACUGGGAUUAUAUUUAUUAUGAACCUAAACAGGGGAUGGAUUGUUGUUCGGAUAACGCAGUUUCAUUUCAUUACGUCAGUCCUAAUCAAAUGUAUGUAUUAGAAUAUCUUAUAUAUCAUUUAAGGCCAUAUGGUAUAUCAUUUCAUGUAGAGAUGCCACCGGAAUUGACUGAAAAACCAUCUGUCAGUUAUGAAACUUCAGAUACCACGAUAUAAAACAACAACUAAUUUAGUUCUUGACCUUUUAUUUUUAAUACAGGGUAUUUUUAAAAUCUCAAAACAAUACUAUGUUUAGUUAUUUUACUUCAGAAUAUUCCAACUUUUCGUUCUGAUAACCUCAGUCAUAUCAUAAUAUGUUACAUCACUGGAGGCCAUAAGAAUAAUAAAACUGUAAGUUAAUAAGGUCGGUCGAUAAUAGUGAAAACUUUCACUACAAAAAGUCUUUGCAGUGUAAACAAAUUUUAAAGCCUAUUUAUUUCCGGGCAAUUUUGCUUAUUUUUGACAAGGAACUUUAAGGCAUUUCUUUCUUAUAAAGUUGUUUCUGUUUAAAUACUCUAAUAUGAGUAAUUAUCUUGUUAAUUUAAAGAUGGAAACCUAGAAAUGCGAUUAGAUACAAACAAAAAAUAAUUUUGGUCAACAAUAUAGACCCGUUUAAUUUUAGUGAUUCAGAUUCAGUAUUGAUCCAGUGGACUAUCCAAAAAUUAGAAAUAUGGGCAUUAUUAGCUAUUUAGUGUUAACCAAAAGUUACUACACAUACCAGCAACUUUGAAGUACUUUAACAAGAUUUUUCAGUGGAAGUCGAAAAGCUGCGGUCCAAAAGUAAGAUCCAUAUUUUUUCUUCUUAUACAUGAAAUUUCUUUGAGCUCUUCCCAUUUUUGUAAUUGAAAAAUGCAGGUAGACGGUAGAAACUAAGUUUAUCCCUGACAUUAUUUUUAGCACAUUGUACAGUACAACACAACACCAUUUUCUCAAAUGAAUGCCAAUAAGACCAAAAUAACUUCACAAAAUGCUUACUUCACUAAAAGGCUGCCCAAUAAAAUGCUUUGUUAAUGAUACAAGUAUAAAACCUUUUGACAUUUAAUUGACAUAGUUGUUGCUUUCCAAUUUAUCCAGCUCUUUGUGCACGAAACCUGUUGGCUCGAUGCUCAUGAGCUUAGUACACAGAUUCAAUUGGAACAAACCUCCGUGAGUAUUAUUUCAAGUGACAUAUUUUAAAACAUAUCCACAAAUUAUUUGUUGCCGUGUCCGAAAUGAAAGAUACUCGAUUAAUUGAAUACAAAAAUUAAUACUAUGGAAGCACUUUUUUUAAUAUGAACAUUAAAUUUGAAAUAAAAGUUUACAUAACCUCAAUUUUACAGUUUAUGUUACAAGUGCAGUUUUAAAACCCACAAAAUCCGUUUAUUUAACUGGUGCUUGAGAGGUAAAGGGAAAACACAAAAUUGGAAAGCGACUAGUGUUGAAAUUGCCUAUUGGGCAAUCUCCGUUAAAUUGACGGCCGUUCGAUAAACAAUUGAAUUUCUCGUGUGUACCCCUGUUAACUUUUCUUGGGUUUUCCAAUAGUAAGAGUUGUUUUGUAUUGUUGUUUUAUGGUGUUAAGAGGUCUCCAUAAAUAAUUUUUAGAUCUGUUUCAGUGAAACUAAUACGUUUGAAACUGAGUAUUUUUGCAGUCUGCAAAUUACGGAAGUUUUUCAGACAUUCAUUUCCACUGUUGCGUUCAAGUUUAUCAAACAUAAGUAGGUUGCAAAGUGAUAACCCAGUGGCAGCUGAAAGGUACUAGGACAAACUUGAAGCUUUAGGUGGAGUUAAUACCUUUUUUUAGAUGAAAGAGCUUUAGUCAGAAUCCUGUUAAUUUUCCACAAGUUUCGAACAUACUUGCAAAUGCCAAGCACAACACUGCAUAGUGGAAAAACCGACAAAGCCACGUUUCUAGGAGGAAAUUUCACACUUCUUUUAGUAGCAAAUCUUUAAGAAGCAAUUUCGCAAUAACACUGGGAAUAAUGAGGUCUACCGACUGGCAAUUUUUAAUGGGCAUCAGCUGGUUAUGAUCAUUUCUUAUAUUGCUCAGUUAGUUAUAUGGAAUAUGACCUUGUCUUUCUGUAACCCGAUUUUCCUGAUCAUCUGUCUGAUUUGGAAGUUACAGAUGAUUUAUCGCAAAACUAAAAUAAAUUUAAUUUAAAAAUCGAAUAGGUUCGGUAGAUUUAGUAGAGGCGUUCAUCCAUGGAAAUUAACAGGUUAAUUCUCAACCUGUAACUCCCAAAUGAUUCAAUUUUCACUAUAAGUAUUGUGAAUUAUUGAAAUCGGAGUUCUAUAGAAUUUAAAAAUGUACAGGGCUUCUAUGGUCAGCCCUCCAAUAUAAAAAAUUGGGGGGCUGCUUUUAGGAAAGAAUGGGGGGCACUAUUCUAGUAUAUAUUUGAGUUGUAUAUAUUUGUAGUAAAUGGAAAUAAUGUAUUUUUUCGUUGUAUCUUAUAGAUCAAUGAUAUAUAGAUCUUCUCAAUGAUUGGCAGAUUACUAUAUUAUUGGUAAUUAUAAACUAUUGUUCAGGCUUUCCUAUAGCCAAUAGCAGCGAUAUUUAAACUUUUUGAUUUGAAACUUCCCUAUUAAAGAUGUUCUAACAAAUUUUAUUUCAGAAAGGUGCAUGUGCAUUUAAUGGGCCAGUUUAUCAAUCCUGUAGUUAGGUAUCUGAUAAUAGUAACCUUAAAUAAGGUUGAAGUUUGCAAUAAUGAUGAAUCAGGCUCCAUUGAUUCUGCUUUCUUUUCAUUGACUAAUAGGCAUUCUCUAUGCUAUGAAGCUUUAAAUAAAGUCUAUAGUAAUGAGGAUAUUGAUAUUUUGGAAUUCUUUCAACACGAACUAAAGCUCUAUGUAGUUAGGGAAAGAGUUAAUAAUUUUGUCGUUUCAUCUGUUUUCUCAUUUUUUAUCAUAUAUCAAGUUUUAACAGUAAACGAGUAAAAUUGCUGCGUCGUUUCUAUUAUUAUUAUCUAUUUUAUCAUAAUAUUUAUAAAUCCCACUCCCACUCACAAGAAACCAUUGAAGAUUAUUCAAAAUUUACACAAAUCAGAUACCGAAUUUAAUUCACAAAAUAUAAUUGUUAGAUUAAUCCUUAACCAGAGACAUGUCAGCUUUGUUACAUGAACAGAGAGGUGUCGUCUGCUAGACUACAUUUUUUAGCUGGCGAAAAUAAAUAAAAUACUUUAAAAGGCUUUAUUUUUUAUUCAAAAUAAACAAACAACCCUUUUGGAUGAAAUGGAAUGAAAUUCAAUUUAAUUAUAAACAAAAAAAAUAAUCAUAUCCUUAAAGAAGGGAAAAAAUAAGAAGUAUUUGAACAAGAAUAAAAAAAGUUUUUACACUCCAUAAUAUUCAAAACACAAAAAUUUGUAUAAAAAAGUGGAUAAUAGGAAAGUAACUAAAACUAAAUAUAUAAAAAAAACAUCAAACAUAAUGUCUUGGGGCUCCUGUAACAAUCCUCAAAGAUUAGUGUUUAUCUUCAUUGCACUUGUCACAAAAUGGCUUUGUACACUGUAGGCAUAUAGGUUUCAGACACUCAAUGCAAAAAUAUUUGGUCAUUCUACGUUUGGCUGACGAACAAAGAUGACAUAUUUUCCUUUUUUCCAAAAAAAUGUAUAUUUGGGUGCGCCGGUGCUUCUACUGUAGAGCCAAGGAUACGGCUUAUGGUCUGUCUCAUUUCUCGUGGUAUAUGCACAUUUAUCAUUCGUCUGUCCAUAUGUGCUUGCACUAGUUGUUUUGCUAAUUGUUUGGUGAACUUACUUUUUUAUUUUUGUGUUGUUUUGGUAACAUUGGUUUAGAAUAUAGAAAUUUACGACAGAGAGUUCGUCUACUCGAAGAACUCUUGGAACACUUCUCAUCAAUACUGUCAAUCCCUUCCUUAUUUCUAUUUCAUAGUGCCGACAUACGUCAAUUUAUUCUUCAGCAAAAUAUCCACUAGUUGUAUGGAAGUAUGCCAGUUGUCGGCCGUGUCCUAUUGCUAUUUAAAAGUAUUUAGCGAAACAUAAUGCUGCUUGGGUGGGUUUUGAAAUUUUUUUUCCUUCAUCAGUGAGCCUUUUUCCGUCCAAGUCUUUGCCACAUUAAAUAUAAGCAUUAUAUAAAUAGCUAUUCCUAGCAUAACUCACGAGCAUUUCAUCUAUGGUGGCGGACUGGCCAAGUGCAUGAGCACUUUGGCAAUUUUGUAUAAAUGUAUUGAAUACUAAGGAAACUGCCGAUGCUGAAUCAUUCUGCUUUCGCUCUUCUCGGUCUCCGGAAUUAUCAAACCAUAGAGCACAUAAUAAAAUCGACAUUCGUUUUAUGCUCAUCACGCAUCUAAAUAUUUCUCUACCAGUUCCAUCAGUAGCAAAUUUAGUCUCUAGAUUCGAAUUAAAUAUCGCUGAAUAUAUCAGUAGACCUAAAAAUGACUUCAACUCAACAAUAUUAAUGUCUCUGACACUAUAUACAUUGUACUAAGUUUUUUGUUAGUCCAUUUCAUAAUGUGUUCUAAAAUAUUUUCGCUAAAUAAUAAAAUAAACUUCGUGAUUUGGCAGUAAAAAUGGGAAUUUUUAUGACAAUAUUAUGUUUUCGGGUCGUAGAUGAUGGGCGAACUUCAGAAGACCAUGUAUAUCGAUUCUUGCCAUAAAAGUAAUCUGAGGGACUUUCUUGAAGCGUUCCAUCUUUUUCAACAUCUUCAUCAGCCCUUUGCUAUACGAUAAUCGUUGGAGACAUCGUCUAUAUCACUAGUAUCACUAAAAUCCUCCCGAUACCAUUUCUAUAAAGUCUCUUUGUAAUUCGGAUCAUCUAAACGGACACGCUUUGACGGCCCGGCCGUAUUCUUGUUUAACUAUUCUCACAAACACACGGAGACGCUUCGUCUCUCGGACUACGUUGCAGGUACCAACCAUUAUAACUUCUCAAAACACACUGAUCUACUUGCUAGGCUCGAAUAAGGGAAGGAAUAAGUGAAGUAACACGCCAGUAGCUGCUCUUACCAGUGAAUACUGAUCCAUUAAUUUUUUGGCGUCGACUCACAGACGACAUGUCUCCGGUUAAGGGUUAAGUCGCCCGUUUUCAAAUAUCUAUUCUUUGGUAUGUUUGGGCUAUCAUCCAGUUAUCUGACUUAUUUUCCAGUAAAAACGAAGGUAUAAAUAUCUCACAAUGUAGCUAUCGGAUGAAUUAUAUUGUCAAUAAAUCAAGCUUACAAAAUUAUAUAUAUAUAUAUAUAUAUAUAUAUAUAUAUAUAUAUAUAUAUAUAUAUAUAUAUAAAUAAUGUUAAAUACUUAUUUCACAGAUCAAUUGUAAUUGAGGAUCUGACCCUGACCUUGAGGUGCAAAGAAAUCAAUAAAAAUGUAUUUUUAUGGCGAGCAGUUAUCACUAGUCGUUGAAAAGAUCUAUACUGAGUGAAUAAUAACUAUUGAAGGAACAAAUUAUUUAUUUGUAUAAAAAUAUGAGAAAUGGAUCAAAUAUUUCAUAUGGGUGUCUAGCAAUAGUACGUUUUAUAUUGGAAAAUCUUGCUAAGUAAUAUUAAAAUAAUGGACGCUGCAAAAUUGACUUAAACAUAAAAUUAAUGUUUUCAAUGCUUUGGAAAUUAAGAUAUUUGAAUUUACUAAAAAUUGAAAAAUUCACAAAUUGCUGCACGCCCUAAUAAUGAAAUGUUUUUAUGGAAAAGGUUCUAUAUACUUUGUUCAUUUUAUUUCAGUGUGAAUGUUUUUUGUAUUAUUUUAACAAUUUUUAAAAAAUAUUUAUAUAAUUUAUUAUUAUUCAGAAAUGGUACUUAAUAUUUAUGUGACAAUGAAAAUUGGCGUUCUUAUUCGAAUAUAUAGGAUCAAAAAAACGCCCAUUUGCUAAUACUAGUCUCAUUUGCCAAAUGUAUAUAUUUUGUAUUAGUUAAGAUUAAUUAUCAGUCAGCACUCUGAAUUCUCUUGUCCUUUUUUCUCAAUAUUUAUAUUAUAUUUGUAUAUCAAUAUAAGGGGAGAAAGCAGUAUAUUGUGCCAUAUUGAUAUCUUCUCCCUUUUUAUUUCAGAAUAAAUUGUAACAAUAAUCAAUUGAUUUCAGUUGAACUAUAUAAUAAACUGGUAGUUAAUAUUUAGCUGUUUUAAGAAUGAAAUUUUUCACGUUUGAAAGAUGAUGCAUCUACAAAAAUGUUUUCGUUUUCAAUUUCAAAUAUAUACAGUGUGAUUAGUUAAGAAAAAUUCAUUUCUUUCCAAGUUAAACAAAACUGUUAGUUAAUAUUUAGCUGUUUUUAGAAUUAAACUUUUCACGUUUUAAAGAUGAUGCAUUUACAACCCCAAAAAUGUUUUCGAUUUUAACUUCAAAUAUAUACAGUGUAAUUAGUCAAGAAAAAUUAUUUUUUUUUCAAUUAUAGAUGUAUUCACAAUGCUUCUGAUACAAUUAUGAAAAAUAAUUAUUGUAAAAAAACCUAAUUUAUUCGUUUAUAAUGUUAACCACCUGUUUCUUAUAACAAGGAGUAUUGUAAAGAAUUCGUGUAUGUAUUAGUAUUACUAUUUGUUGAUAAAAUUUCAGUAUAAUGUCAAAUUUUUAAUCCUUUUUAUCACUUUUAGCGUCACAAAGACAUUUUAUCUGCAUCACAAAUUUCCUGUAAUGGCAGUUGGCAAUCGAUAAUCUAACCGAGGACGCCAGUUUUCGUCCCAUUUCUUCGAAUUAUUUGUGAAGUUGAAUUUGUUAUAUUUGUAGCAAGAAUAAGGAAACACACAUAAAACCAAGAAAAAACAAAAAAAAGGAAUUUUGACGCAAUUGGCGUGACGUCGGACUAAAGAUUUGUCUAUUAUCGAGUGUCAACUGUAUUAUUAUAAAAUUAUACAGAUAUCAUUAAAUUAUUUGUUCAAUGUUCAAAAAAUUAAUAAAGAAAUUUAAUGAGUCACAACAAA